AUGAAUAAAAAGAAAACCAAGAUCAUGUGCAAUGAAGUAGUGAAUGGAAGGCCGAGACAGGAAAUCAGUAAGGAUAAUGAAAGGCUUGAAGAAGUGGAAGAGUACAGGUACUUAGGAGGACUAAUAACACCUGAAAACGAGAUUAGCAAAGAAAUUGAUCAGCGGAUAAUAGCAGGAUGGAGAAGAGGUGAAAGACGUUCUCUAGAAAGUAAACCAAAUCAAAGGAAAGUGGCAGGACAUGUGGCAAGAAUGGACAACAAUAGGUGGACAAAGAAGACCAGAGAGUGGGUGCCGAGAGAAGGAAGAAGAUCAAGAGGAAGACCAAAGAAGAGGUGGAGUGAUGCUAUCGCAGAGAAAGUUGGCGCAACAUGGAUGAGGCAAGUCCAAGAGACUGCAGUGGCAUAA